ACUGCACCGCUCCGGCUUGUGGGCUUGCUGUCAUUAAUGUCAAAGAAAAAUAAGCAAGCAAACUGUUCUAACACCAAUAAAUUGCGUUUUCUGUAAAAAUUAUAAGAUAAAACUAGGGAGUUAAAUAAUUAUUUGAUAUGAGUGACCAUCUAUAAACCUUGUCACUGUGUUACACUGGCCAUUAGUGUAACUAUUUGGUGUUCUAACUGUGUGUGUGCAUAAACAGUUAUAAUGGCAAAAGCACAAAUAAAUACGAAAUCUAGCAAUUAUAUUAAAGACAGGGAGAGUUUUAUGAAGGAGUUGAAGCAAUUCAACGAGAGUAAAAAUCUACCAACAAAAGUUCCGAUUGUAAAUGGCAUAGAAUUAGAUUUGUACUUGUUUUAUACAUUAGUACAACAGCGAGGAGGACUUGGGAAGGUAAAUCAAAAUGACACUUGGGAAUCAUUCCUGCGACCUCUGCGGUUACCACAUCCAUGCAUCAAUGGUUCCACACUUCUCAGACGGAUAUAUGGAACCUAUUUGGAGAAAUACGAAAGAGCAAAAGGUCCACCAGGCAGAGAUGACGACAAUGACAUGGACGAGGAUCCUCGACGCGGUCGCGGCGCCAUGCCACGCAUAUCCUUUGCUGGGGGUACGUACAUAUCAGCAUCAGGUGAGGCGUUACGGACGGGGUCGCGCGUGGCAGCUGCGUCGGAGCGAUUGGCCCUCUCUCUCCUAUCUCCGAUGCCCAACGAGCAAGAUUUCGCCGUCAACGUGUGCACGGUAUUGGCUGCCGACCAUUCGAAUAGACUGCCUCUGAGUUCUACACCGCAUAUCCUGGACUUCUUAUUGGCUCAUGCUGGCGUUUAUAAUCAUUCGAGUCUCCGUGAUACAAUCGGCCGUUCAUACUACGAGGCUCGAGGAAGAUAUCCAGACGACUUCUGGCGUUUGAAAGCUGGUGGUGGCGGGGUGAAGGAACUGGCAGACGAGACCAAGUUCAUGCAGCCAGGAGUUGAGCUUCCAGAGCUGAUCGUUCAGGCCAGGGCAGCGUACAAUACUCUCACUGAUUGCCUGCUGAGUGGGCCUGAAGAAGAAGAACCGGUCGUUGAGAAGGUCUAUGAUGAUGUUAGCGGUGACGUACUCGAAGACUGGAUGGCGGAUCCAUCAGAAGAUGACCUCCUCUUCGCGCCGGAGUUGCCGGGAGGUGCCUCGUGUGUGUACACUCAGAGAGUGUUACAGAUUGCCUCCAUUGUGAGGUCGUUGUCCUUCCACGAUGAAAAUGUUCAAUAUCUUGCUAAGAAUACUACUCUUCUUAGGUUCCUCUUGCUGUGUGCUAACAGUUGGGUUGGUUCCCUACGUCAGUCCGGACUGGACACACUCGGAAAUGUAUCUACAGAACUUAUUAUUAAGGACCCGGCAACGUGUCUAAUAACCCGGCACGUGCUAUCCACCAUCCAGUCGGCGCUAGUGUCGCAGGACCGGGCGCGGGUACUGGCCGCGCUGGAGUUGCUCAACAAACUCGCGCAGAAUGAACUCAAUGAAGAUGCCUUAUUGAAGUCUUUGGAGGCAAAGGUGUACGCGGACGUAUGCGCGCUGCUGAGCCUGCGCGACAUAAUGGUGCUGGUCUGUACGCUGGAGUGCGUGUACGCGCUCACGUCGCUGGGGGACCGCGCCAGCGAGGCCGUGGCCAGGGUACCUGGGCUUAUACAUACGUUGGUCUCUCUCGUUACUGUCGAGGCCCAAAGCUACGGUCCCCGCGCGUGUAUAUUGAUGCGCGUGGUGGAGACGGUGAGCGGCCCCAGCGCGCUACAGGCGCAGCAGCCCGCGCAACAUGCGCAGCAACACGCGCCGCAACAUGCGCAACUUGCGCAACACACGGCACAUGCGCAACCUGACCAACAUGACCGCUCGCCGCAACUACACCAUACGAGCCAAACCCCCACGAAGUCCAGUGACGCGGGCGGGGCUGCGUCCCUGGCGCCGGUGUCGAGCCUGCAGCAGUCGCACCUGCAGCAGCGCACCGUGCAGGAGAACGAGCACUUCGCCCAAGCGUGGCUGCGGUCCGCGUACGAAGUGCUCCCGGCGGGGGACAACAGCGCGGUGGAGGCGGGGGACGUGUACCGCCACUACCUCGCCACCUGCACCAAGCUGGGCCGCAAGGGACUCAUCGCGCCCGCGCACUUCCCCCGGCUCGUAAGGACGGUGUUCGGUGGCACAGUGGGUCCCAACACAGUGACAUUGUCUACUGGCGAGACCCAACAAGUGUAUAUAGGCAUCAGGUCGAGGGCGUUACAGAAUAGGCCCAACCCUCCAGCAGGACCGUCAUCGCCCAUACUGAAGGCUCAGCUAACAAAUAAGGCAGCGGCUGAAGCGAAACCCGCCGUAUCUCAACCGCAAACGCAGCCACAAGCACCGCCCACCACCACGCACCCCCACCUGUCUCAGGCGUUGGAGUCGACCCCCUCCAACACUACGCUCAUCAAACAUUUGCUCGCGCACAAAGUAAGCCCCGCCCUGCAACCACAGCAAGUGGCGCAAAGACAACAGAGUCAACAGCGAGCGCCCGCAGCCACCCCAACUACAGUUGUAGUACAGAAUAAUCAGCAGCAGGUAAUGGACGUGGACCCGGAAGCUUUGAUCAAGUGUACGACGAUAACACCCGGCGGUGUUGCCAGUAGUACGCCCACAGAUAAGGUACAUGUUCCAGUAGAAGAACCCAUAGUGCCCAAAGAAGAACCGGUACAAAUUCAAAUCGACGAACAAACACAAUUGACUAUUAAAUCAGCCCAAAACAAGAUGCUAGCGGACUUACUAAAGAAAAACUCCAACCCUCCACUACAAGUUGUUCAAAUGGGCCCCCAAAUCAACGCGCCAACCAUUCAAAUAACGGAAACAGGCCAAAUCGUCCAAGUCAAAUCGGACCCGACACCAGUCAUUCAAAUAAACGACUCGGGCCUUGUAGCACCUGGAAACCAGUACUUUCAAAUUAAGAACGAACAGGGGCAACUGAUUCAAAUAAAGAAUGAACAGGGCCAAAUCAUUCAGUUGAAAAGUGACCAAUUACAAGCUCCCAUUUUGCAGUAUAAGAAUGAACAGGGGCAACUCGUUCAGGUCAAGACUGAACCCCAGGUACAGAUGAAGACUGAGAAGGAGGAGGUUCCUCCUGAUCAUUCGUAUACUGAGCCGCCGGCUAAGAAAACUAAGGUGGAGGAAAAGGCCCCGCCGCCGCAAGAGAGCGUAUCAAAGACUGCGGCGAACCUGUAUGCUGCUCUCGCUGCCUCGGCUUUGGAAGAUGAAGAGGAUUUGCGACCACAUGGAUUGUUAUUGGGAGCACUGCGAGCCAAGGUUUCGCUCCCGCCGAAACAGGAUCCCGUGGAAAUCAUUCAGCCCUCAGUACUGGUGUCGGCGGCCGGUGAUAGUUCUGUUAUUAUACAAGAACCUAUUCUUCAGGUUCAGCCGCCGCCACUGACGGUACAACAGCCUACAAUGCAAGUACAUCAGCCUACAUUGCAGGUGCAACAACCUACGCUGCAGGUCCAGGCUCCGACUUUACAGCAGACGAUACAAGUGCAGCAGCCGAUGCUGCAGGUACAGCCGAUGGAUGUCCAGAACAUCAUCGCAUCACAGGCUGGCCAACUCAUCUUACAAGAGAAAUCUAUAUCUUCCCAGCCGACACAGUUUGUGCAGCAACCUAUGCAGAUUAUUGCUACACCUAGCAACGCUCAAGGUGGCAUAAGCUACAUAGCACAGAACAUUCCCGGGAAUAUGAUGCAGAAAACUAUUAUUAUAGUACAAGGACCGACUGGCGGGGGGCCUCUUACUUUAACGGUGAACAACCCAGGCGGCCUGGACGAGGCGACGCUUAACAGCCUUAUUACGCAGGCAACAGAGGCGAUAACGCAACAGCAAAUUAUACAGAACUCGGGUGUGAUACAGUCUACACAAAGGGUGUUGAGUCAGCCUACGUUAGUGAGUACUUCGCAGGCGAUCACAAUGGUGAAGAGCGUCCUCGCACAGAAUACACCUCAGAUCACUCCUAGUCAGCAGCCAAUAAUAACGAAUCAGCCGCAGCCGCACAAGGCACAGAUCAUCAAUCCGCAACAGACGCAACAAAUAGUUGUUACUCAGAAACAACCGCCGGCGCUUAUCAGUACUUCUAGUAGCAGUCAGAUUGUUACUAGUACGGCGCAGAUUAUACAAGGUAACCAACAACUACUACAAGGCAGCCAGCAGAUAAUAGCAGUGUCGAAUACACAGCCGAUCAUAAUGAACACUCCUAUGAAGACGAACGUGCACAGAGUGGUACAACAGCCGCAGCGGAGUCCCGUAGUCACCAGCGUGCAAAGCAACCAGGUGUCCGUCGUCAGUGAAGCGAAGACUAGUGUUAUACAGAGCCCGAAGACAGCGACUCAGCCUGUAAUGAGGCAGGUGAUCCGACAGCCUGUCAUGGUCGGUAACACUAAAAUUGGAGACAAAGAACUCAUUGUGAACCAACCUGUGACUGAGCCUCCAAAGCCGCCUACACCGAAGCCGUCCCCCACCCCGCCGCCCGCGCCGGCGCCGCAACCCACUCAGGCCACGAGUCCACAAGAUGAAACGCCUUGGAUAUGUCAUUGGAGAGGUUGUGGGAAAACAUUCUCGAACGCGACGCAAGUAUUCUUCCACGCGGCGCGCACGCACUGCCCCACGUCUGCGGACGGCGAGGCGCCCUGCAUGUGGCUCGACUGCGACAGGGUGCCACGGAAGACAUUCGCGCUACUCAACCAUCUCACUGACAAACAUUGCUCCAUGCAGGCAUUAACAGCGGUGUACUACUCGCGUCGCCACGCGGCGGGCGAGGCGGGCGACGGCAAGGCGGUGUCGCUGAACUACCCGCCCAACGCCGCGCUCGCCGCGCUCAACAAGCACGCCGCCGACAUGUUCAACCCCAGGGAACUCAUGCACAGGGCAGAACUCGGUCGCACGCCGGAACAACUGGAUGAAAACGAGGGUCCAGUCACGAAGAGCAUACGGUUGACUGCAGCGCUCAUAUUGAGGAAUAUUGUUAUCUAUUCUAAUACUGGACGGAGACAACUGCGCUCCUACGAAGCUCAUCUAGCGACAAUCGCGCUCAGCAGCGUGGAGGCUUCCCGAACGAUCGCCCAAGUUCUAUACGACAUGAACAAUAUUUGAGAAUCACUAUCCGGCCUUCGAGCCCACGACUAACUACGUGCUAACUGUACAUAGCAGUGUAGAAAUGUGUAGAGGAAGGAAUCAUAAAAAUAAUUAUUAACUUUGUCCGAUUAUAUUAUUACUUAUUGUUCGUUUUUAGCGAACAUUUUUUCUGUAAUUGUUGGUCUAUAAUCAAGGCGCGGUAUGCAAACGUUUUUCAUUUUAAUCUAGCCGAUUCUAUUUAUUGGUAAGCUAGAUGUGUUUUUAGUGCCUUCUCACAAGUUCAGGUUAUGGAGUAUUCAGCGGUAAAUCUAUGUAGGAUGUUAGACCAUGCUGGUUCGUGUUAAACCUAACUUCAUGGCAAUACAGUACACUCUCCGCAAACGUGCACACACAAGCCAACUGUAUACAACUAACAUCAGGGCGCUUACUCUUGAAACCAAUGUCAAUUUUAUAACUAUCGUGAGACAUACUAAAUUAGCUAAAAAUCUCAGUUUACUCACGUAAAUUAAUGGAGAAAAGCUCAUCAGCGUGCGCAGCCGCGGCGACUUCAAGCAGCCUACUCAGAUACGCAACUACACAGCCUACUCUGUAAUUCGAAACUAGUAGAGCUUUUUUCGAUUAGUUUAAGUGAGUAAACCGCGAUUAACCUAUCUCAAUGUCAAUGCCGUUUCAAUCCAAUAAAAUCUUAAUAAUUAUUCAAUGUCAAAACUAUACAACUCCAAUAAAAUUGUAAUUGUUAAAAUAGCAUUCAGAGUAUGGAUUAUAAAACCAAACUCAAUUUAGUUCAUUCAAUAUCCAUGCAAUACGGAUGCAAUGGGCGCUAGUGUUGCAAUUCAAGAGUAUGAUAUUAGUGUCGAUCGAAAUUGGAUUCAAGAGUACGCCCCCUGAUUUUAUAUUGAGAUCGGAUUCAUUUCGAGCGCUUGAACGAUUCAUACUUAUAGAUCAAUCAGACUUUAUGACAUUUUAAACUAUUUAGUAGUCAAGUUACAAACACAUUUGAAUUACAAUUGAGGAUCUGAAUAGCAAUACAUACAAUUUUGAUUUAAAAAUAUAUAAUUAAGUAGUGACAUUAAAAAUUAUAAUCCAUAUGCAUAGAACUGACAACUAAGAUUAAUUUAAUAAAUAAAUAUGACAGCUCUUUGUAAUAUAAUAUUCGUUUUAUCUACGUAAUAAUUCUCGAAGUAUUGGGAUUUUGUUAUCUACAUACAUACUUAACACAAAGGCAUGUUAUCGGACUAUUGUGACGAUAAAACAUUGAGUUCUUAUCGUGUAGGAGUAAAAGCAAUAAAGUCAUGUUUCUGCCUUUUAUAAUCAAGUUCCUUUACGUACCUAUUGCUGAAGCUAUUUUUAGUAAAACAUGGAUAUUAUAACAUUGUUUUGUUCUCAAAACUGAUGGUCGCAGGCGCCUUUUAAAUACGAGAAUAAACAUUAAUUUUGUGGCAAUUAGUACAUUAAAAAUAUACAUAGUUUUGAUUUAAGAAAUUUGUUAUUAUGUUCUUAGUUAAGUGAUUGUUUCAAACAAAGGAAUUAUGUGUUUAUAUGAUGUAGCGGUUUUGUAACUUCUUAUUCACUUUGCUAGACAUUUUACAAACUAAAAUUUUGCCCUUAGUACGAGUUUGUUUUUCGUUUAAAGUGCGCGUCAAGCACUCUGAUUGGUCGGCUCCAAUAGACCAACCAAUCAGAGCGCCGAACGCGCUCUCGUUUCGUUUUCGUUUAACGAAAAGCAAACUUGUACUAAGGGCACUGUUUCCAUGCCCGCUAUAGGUUAUAUUUCAAUGGAUUCUUAGAAACCAUUGCGUGUACUAAAUUUUUGUAAAAAUAUCUCAACUGUACAAUACCAUUUAGAUUAAAAUUAGGUUUAAAGUGAUAUAAGUAUUAUUUUUGCAAGUCGGCGUGAUUGGUUGAGAGUAAUUUAACAUGGGAGACUGUACAAUGUCACUGAAUCGAUGUAAGUGCAACGGAAAAUAAAAUAAUUUUAGAUA